AUGUCGUCGGACUACAAGCUAAGCGGAGGUGCGAUCGAGAUAGGCUCCCAGGUGUCCUUGAUCCUCUUCGGCGUGGAGACAGUACAGUCGUUCAACUACUACCACAGCUUCCCAGACGAUACGUGGUACUUACAAUGGCUGCUCUUCCACGCCGCCCGCAUCUGGCGCAUGCUCCCGCGCCCCUGGAAACUCAUCGCACCCCUCUGCAUCGCCGCCACACUCUUCCUCUCCGGCGGGGCCUUCGCAAUCGGGAUCGGGAGCCUACAAAACGGGGCAGACGUCAUCCUCUUCGACCUGCACUGGAAAUGGCUCGUCAAGAUCGUCUUUAGCGUCUUGUGCGCGAUAGAUGUUACGCUCGCCUCUUCGAUGGUGGCGUUUUUGUGGUUCCAGCGUAAACGGUCUAUUUCUCGCUCGAUGCGCUUGAUGGACCGCCUAGUACAGUACUCCUUGGGAACGGGGUUGGUCACCGGCAUAACCUCCAUCUCCAUGCUCGUCUUGUUCUUGAGCAGCGACUCCUUCGUCUGGCUCGCAAUCUUCGAAUGCCAAGCCAAACUUUACUCCAACAGCAUCCUCGCAUCGCUCAACGCACGCGCAAGCCUCCGUCGAAUCGCCGACCAAGAAGAGACUCACUUCAACUACGACACCACCGCACCUCCGAGUCGUUUCAUCGCAAACCGCAGAGUAGUAGCAUCGCGUUCAGACAUUCGGGCUCCGAUCGAGUUGCACCUGCCAGAUGAGAGUAGAGUCGCUGGAUGUAUCGACGAUGGUUGA